AUGGGUGCGACACGCGGACCGUGGGUCGAUGACUGUCAGACAAGCUGCUUCAAGCAGAUCGUGGACAAGAACACCAUAGUCUUCCUUCCGCCCUGCGAAGGCACGGCGAUGGUGAUCGUCCGCUGCAUCGACCGCCUGCACUUCGAUGCGCCGGCCGAUGCCAACCGGGUCAUGCUUGUGAUUCCGGAUUGCAUCCAGCAAAAAGCGAAGAUGUUCCAGCGGCACUACGCGGGUAACCUGCGUGUGGCGCAGCUGGGCAAGUUGGAAAAGAGCUGGCCGAAACAGAAGUGGGAUGAGUGCAUGGAGUCGAACCACAUACUGGUCGGGCCGCCUGACAUCUUCUACCACGCACUCACCAACGCGUUUCUCAGCCUGAAGAGCUUCUGCUUCCUUGUCUUUGAUGGCUGUGACCGUGCGGUUCGUGGCGAUGCGAUGGCCGGGAUCUGCCACGAUGUGCUGCACCCUUUUUGCAGCCAGACCUCGGCCUCGAUCCGCAUUGCCGGGUUUACGGCAAGCCUGUCCAAGGAAAGCUUCGAUCGGGGAGAGAUCAAGAUGCAGACAUGCGUGCAGCUGCUCCAGCGACUGUUUCAUGCCAGUGUCUUUACGCCUGAUGUCCCGGACGAAUACCAUCGCAAUCGCUCCGAAGAUGAUGGCUUCACGAAGGUGGAUGUUGCACCAGAAGGCGCCGAACAUGGCAAAUGUGUCAAGUUCCUGCACACCUGGGUGCUGGAUCUGGAACGGAAAUGCACCGAAAGGCUGGGUGCAGUCGCCAAAAUCAAGGACAUCCCCCGCAUCCUCGGCCAGCUCCCGACGGUUUUUGAGCAACUGGGCAGGGAUGCGUUCUUGUUCGCCAUCACGAAUGGAGUCAUGUCGCAGCUGGAAAGCAAGAUUUCCCUGCUCAAGCAGCGCACGCAACACUGUCCAGAACGAAGACAGGAGGCGGAGGCUUUGGAACGAACGCUCCCAGCCCUGCAAGAGUUGCUACUGGAAGCAGCGUCAGCCCUGGAGCUUCAUGCCCAGUGGCUUUCAACUCCACAGUAUUCCGCCAAAGCUGAAAAGCUCAUGGAGAUCGUGACUGAGGAGCAAACAGAGCCGGAACGGUGCCUCGUGCUGGUCAAGGAUUCAGCCAUCUCCGGCCCUCUGGCACACAUCUUGUCCGAAAUGCCUCUGGGGCCUGCAGGGUUUAUAUGCGGAAAGAUGACCACAGAGCAGCGGAACGACACCUUGUCCCGAUUCCGAGCGGGUGACAUUGCUGUUUUGGUAUCGACGAAUGUUGCCAACCUGCCGGAUUGCCAGCUGGUGGUUCACUUUGACGAGUAUCGCACACCGCAGGCGCACCAGACGGCCGCACGUGGGCAGAGUCCAGGUGUGAAGGGCCCAGAAAGCCUUCGAACCGAGCCACCCUGCAGAGUCUAUUACUUCGAGAAUGAUCCCCAGCUGGCGCAGAAGGCUGCCAAAAGAAUGACUACCUUGGCGAAACGGCCCGAGACCGUGCUGCGCGAGGAGGAUCUCGAGUUCGAGGAAGAGAGCUGCGCGAAGCGACCACGCUUGGUGCCGGGGAUCCUCGAAGGGGAGGGUGACUGCGGCCUGAUUAAUGU